AUGGUGAUAUUUCCCAACGAUAAACGUGAACUUGUUCUGAAAAAAUUUCGUGAAGGAAAAUAUCGUUUAUUAAUAACGAUUGAUGUUAUUAGGGGUGGUCUUGAUAUUCCAGAAGUUGAUCUUGUUAUUGUAUCAGCUCCACCAAAAAAUGUUGAAUCAUAUAUUCAUCGAUCAUCUCAUACAGAUCGAGCAGGUGAUCAAGGCAAAUGUUAUUUUAUUAAAUUUACACGUAUUGAACCAGCAAGACCAGAAGAUGUACCUGAUGCAUCAUCUGCUGAUGCAGCACAAAUAGCUAAAAAAAUUGUUGAAAAACGUGAUGCAGUUGAUGCUUUAUCCGCUGCAUUAGCUUGUAUAUCUGAUACAACAAAUAUUGUUCCUCGAUCUUCAUUGACAGAAAAAGAAAAUUAUAUAAGAUAUAUGUUAACAGUUACAGAUGAAUUCAAAGGUCCAGAAUUAGUAUUUACUAUGUUAAAAUAA